UGUCUGCUGAUGUAAAGCUGGCAACGAAGCAAACCCAUUAGAAAUCACAGCAAAAAAGAGAAAAUCCUGUAAGGUACUAAGGCAAAGCAGAACUACACCUCUGGUUAAGACACCUUGCAUGAACCGACAGAUAGCUAAGUACUAGUGGACUGCACGUCAUCUGACACAGCAGGAAGUGCUUGUAAAGUAGUGGGAGGCUGGUUAUGCGGGCUAGUUUGACAUGGGCUAGAGAAGAGACCCCCUGUAUCUGCACUGUCCAGCACCAGGAUGGCAGCAUCCAGCAACUCCAGCUUGUCAGGCUCCUCUGUAUCCUCAGAUGCAGAAGAAUAUCAGCCUCCAGUAUGGAAAUCUUACUUAUAUCAGUUACAACAGGAAGCUCCUCGCCCCAGGAGAAUUGUAUCACCUCGGGAGGUGGAGAACAGGCCAAAACAUUAUGGAAGGGAGUUUCAUGGUAUCAUUUCCCGGGAACAAGCAGAUGAAUUGCUGUGUGGAGGGGAAGGAUCAUAUCUUAUUAGGGAGAGUCAAAGGCAACCUGGUUGUUACACACUGGCCCUGAGGUUUGGACAUCAGACAUUAAACUACAGACUUUUCUACGAUGGAAAGCAUUUUGUGGGAGAGAAAAGGUUUGAAUCCAUUCAUGACUUGGUUACGGAUGGUUUAAUAACUUUGUAUAUAGAGACUAAAGCUGCUGAGUAUAUUGCAAGAAUGACAACAAACCCCAUUUAUGAACAAAUUGGAUACACUUCGUUAUUGAAAGACAAAAGGACCCGGAGACUGAGCAGAACAAAAAAUGAAUCCAAAAGAGCACAUGUAUCAAAAGAAGGAAAUACAUCAGUAGAAAAGAUUACUUCAUUGGUCAGAAGAGCAGCUCUAUCGCAAAAUGACAGCCAGUUCAACUAUGAGAAAGCACACAACUUCAAGGUCCACACAUUCCGAGGCCCACACUGGUGUGAAUACUGUGCCAAUUUUAUGUGGGGUCUAAUCGCUCAGGGAGUCCGAUGUUCAGACUGUGGCCUGAAUGUGCAUAAACAGUGUUCAAAAUAUGUGCCCAACGACUGCCAGCCAGACCUCAAGCGCAUAAAGAAAGUAUACAGCUGUGACCUCACAACCCUGGUAAAGGCUCACAAUACACCAAGACCUAUGGUUGUGGACAUUUGCAUUAGGGAGAUUGAAGGAAGAGGUUUAAAAUCAGAAGGACUUUACAGAGUCUCAGGUUUUACAGAGCACAUUGAAGAUGUAAAGAUGUCCUUUGAUCGAGACGGUGACAAGGCUGACAUCUCUGGUAACAUCUAUCCAGACAUAAACAUCAUUGCUGGAGCACUGAAACUGUACUUCAGGGACUUACCUAUCCCAGUGAUUACCUAUGAUUCCUAUUACAAAUUUAUUGAAGCUGCAAAAAUAUCCAAUCCAGAUGAGAGGCUAGAAGCCAUACAUGAAGCAUUGAUGCUCCUACCUCCCGCACACUAUGAGACACUUAGAUUUCUAAUGAUCCACCUCAAGAAGGUUACAAUGAACGAGAAAGAAAACUUGAUGAAUGCAGAAAAUCUUGGUAUAGUGUUUGGACCUACGUUGAUGAGGCCACCAGAGGAGAACGCUCUCACUACCUUAAACGAUAUGAGACAUCAGAAGCAAAUAAUACAGCUUUUAAUACAAAAUGAAGAUGUUUUAUUCUGAGUAGGUGAAGGAUACUUCUAGCCAAUAAUUUACACGGCUAGUUUACAACAGCACAAAUAUGUUUAAUUCAAUUUUCAAUUGCUGGAGUUUGAUACCUGCUGUAUUGCAGAUUGAUGCCAAAUUAUUACAGGAAACAUGUCUCAUAGACAUAUAAUUGUAUCUCCUAUACAAGAGGAGAAAGGUCCAACUUCUAGCAAAGUUUCGUCUUUGCCACUGUCGCCCUUUAAUCCCUUGGCAACAAAGGGGCUAAUAUUGUCAGAUAUGUUAAACAAUAUUUUUCAAUUCUUCAAAUCAAAAAGAACUCUGUAAUGCUGACCAGACAUAGCUUUUUUUUUUAAGAAAAAAAUAUCUGCACUAUACAAUCUGUACAUUUUGCCUGUAUAUAAUUUGUGUCAAAUAAUUAAUGUUAUGUUUAUUUAAAAAUGACUUUAUUAGGGCCAUCCCACUUACAAAAUAAGACCAUAAAAAAUGUUGAGAAAUCCAUUUUUUUAUUAAAUUGGUUCUCUUAGAAAAAAAACAGUGACCCUUAAAUACUGUAUGUACACAUUUUUUGUCUUUAAAGGGACUUUGAAGUGCAAAAAUUAAAAUCUAAUUCAUUGCAGCAUAUAAUGUUUGCAUUACUCGCUACAGAACUCCAUGGGCUAGAUUACAAGUGGCACCCUAACUACAUAUUCACUCGCACUCUAACUCCGCUCAAAGUAAAAUUUUAACGAGGCCGGGUUAGCGUGCAUAUUACAAGUUGAAAGUAAAAAGUUAGCACAAGUGAAAGUCUGAUGCGCGCUAACUUCAGGACUUCGGAUAUCACGGCUACGAUAACUUCAAUGGGGCACACUGUUAAAAAAAAAUAAAAAAAAACAGUUAUCGCCCACACCGCAUUAGACCAACUACCCUAAAACUGAAGGUAGUUAUGAAUACUUUAAAUUCCAAUGUUAUAUAUAUAUAUAUAUAUAUAAAUAGAUAGAUACACACAUACGCAUAUUUAUACAUAUCUAAAUACAUUGGAGCCAUUUCCAGUCAAACACUUUGCCGUAUACCAUAUCCCUUUUAACCCUUUUAAACCCUUUUUAUUAAUAUUAAAAUGUAUAUUUCUUUCAUGUAAUUGGCAAGAGUCCAUGAGCUAGUGACGUAUGGGAUAUACAAUCCUACCAGGAGGGGCAAAGUUUCCCAAACCUCAAAAUGCCUAUAAAUACACCACUCACCACACCCACAAUUCAGUUUUACAAACUUUGCCUCCUAUGGAGGUGGUGAAGUAAGUUUGUGCUAAGAUUUCUACGUUGACAUGAGCUUCUCAGCAUUUUGAAGCCCGAUUCCUCUCAGAGUACAGCGAAUGUCAGAGGGAUGUGAAGGGAGUAUCGUAGAGAUUCAUCUCCUACCUCCCUUUUCAGAUCGACGAUAUACUCUCAUAUACCAUUACCUCUACUGAUAACUGUUUCAGUACUGGUUUGGCUAUCUGCUAUAUGUGGAUGGGUGUCUUUUGGUAAGUAUGUUUUUAUUUCUUAAGACACCUCAGCUAUGGUUUGGCACUUUAUGCAUUUAUAUAAAGUUCUAAAUAUAUGUAUUGUACUUAUAUUUGCCAUGAGUCAGGUUCAUGUAUUUCCUUUUGCAGAUUGUCAGUUUCAUAUUUGGGGAAGUUUAUAUUGAGAAAUAUUUUUCUUACCUGGGGUUUAGUCUUUUUUUCAAUUGACUACUUUGUUUAAAAUUGCGGGCUGACUUAGGCUCGCGGGUGCAAUAAAUGCUACACUUUAUUGCGUCAUUCUUGGCGCGAGAAUUUUUUGGCGCGAAAGGCACGUCCGUUGACGCAAGUUCGUCAUUUCUGGCGUCGUAAUUGAUGCAGGGGUUCACACAGGGUUGCGUCGUUAGUGACGCGAGUGUGUCAUUUCCGGACAUGGUUGGCGCAAAAAAAAAUUUCAGUUACGUUGUGCGUCAUACUUGGCGCCAAAUUUUUUUCAUUAUUUAUUGCCCCAUUGCUUUUGCCUCUUGCCUUUUUCCAUGUCAGAGGGCUAUGCUAUUUGCAUUUUUCCCAUUCCUGAAACUGUCAUAUAAGGAAAUUGAUAAUUUUGCUUUAUAUGUUGUUUUUUCUUUUAUAUUUUGUAAGAUGUCUCACUCUGAUCCUGCCUCAGAAGUAUCUGCUGGAACUUUGCUGCCUGACAUCGGUUCUACCAAAGCUAAGUGCAUUUGUUGUAAAAUUGUGGAGAUUUUAUCUCCUAAUGUCAUUUGUAUUAGUUGCCAUGAUAAACUUUUACAUGCAGAUAGAGUGUCCAUCAGUAAUAGUACAUUGCCGGUUGCAGUUCCUUCAACUUCUAAUGUACAUGAUAUACCUAUGAAUUUUAAAGAAUUUGUUACUGAUUCUAUUCAGAAGGCUUUGUCUGCAUUUCCACCUUCUAAUAAACGUAAGAGGUCUUUUAAAACUUCUCAUAAAGUUGAUGAAAUUUCAAAUGACCAACAACAUAAUGAAUUAUCCACCUCUGAUGAGGAUCUAUCUGAUUCAGAAGAUCCUUCCUCAGACAUUGACACUGACAAAUCUACUUAUUUAUUUAAAAUGGAGUAUAUGUGUUCUUUGUUAAAAGAAGUGUUAAUUACUUUGGAUAUUGAGGAAGCUAGUCCUCUUGAUAUUAAAACCAGUAAACAUUUAAAUUCUGUUUUUAAACCUCCUGUGGUUACUCCAGAGGUUUUUCCUAUUCCUGAUGCUAUUUCUGAUAUGAUUUCUAAGGAAUGGAAUAAGCCGGGUACUCCUUUUAAUCCUUCUGCAAGGUUUAAAAAAUUGUAUCCUUUACCAGCAAUUUCAAUAGAGUUUUGGGAAAAGAUCCCCAAAGUUGAUGGGGCUAUUUCUACUCUUGCUAAACGAACCACUAUUCCUAUGGAAGAUAGUACUUCCUUUAAAGAUCCUUUAGAUAGGAAGCUUGAAUCUUAUCUAAGGAAAGCCUAUUUAUAUUCAGGUCAUCUUCUAAGGCCUGCAAUUACUUUGGCUGAUGUUGCAGCUGCUUCAACUUUUUGGUUGGAGAAUUUAGCGCAACAAGAAUUGGAUUCUGACUUAUAUAGCAUUGUUCUUUUACUACAACAUGCUAAUCAUUUUAUUUGUGAUGCUAUUUUUGAUAUUAUCAAAAUUGAUGUUAGAUCCAUGUCUUUAGCUAUUUUAGCUACAAGAGCUUUGUGGCUUAAAUCUUGGAAUGCUGAUAUGACAUCUAAGUCUAGAUUACUAUCUCUUUCUUUACAAGGUAAUAAUUUAUUUGGUUCUCAGUUGGAUUCUAUUAUUUCAACUGUUACUGGGGGGAAGGGAGCUUUUUUGCCUCAGGAUAAAAAACCUAAGGGUAAAUCUAAGGCUUCUAAUCGUUUCCGUUCCUUUCAUCAAAAUAAGGAACAAAAACCUAAUCUUUCCCCCAAGGAAUCUGUUUCCAGUUGAAAGCCUUCCGCAAAUUGGAAUAAAUCCAAGCCUUUUAAGAAACCAAAGUCAGUCCCUAAGUCCGCAUGAAGGUGCGGCACUCAUUCCAGCUCAGCUGGUAGGGGGCAGAUUAAGGUUUUUCAAGGAUGUUUGGGCAAAUUCUGUCCAAAAUCAAUGGAUUCAGAGCAUUGUCUCUCAGGGGUACCGAAUAGGAUUCAAAGUAAGACAUCCUGUGAGAAGAUGUUUUCUCUCACGCAUCCCAGUAAAUCCAGUAAAAGCCCAGGCUUUCCUGAAGUGUGUUUCAGAUCUGGAGGUUUCAGGGGUAAUCAUGCCGGUUCCUUUUCAGGAACAAGGCCUGAGGUUUUAUUGAAAUCUAUUCAUUAUCCCAAAGAAAGAAAAUUCAUUCAGACCAGUUCUGGAUAUGAAAAUUUUGAAUCGUUAUGUAAGAGUACCAACUUUCAAGAUGGUGACUAUAAGGAAUAUUCUGCCUUUUGUUCAGCAAGGACAUUAUAAGUCUACAAUAUACUUGCAGGAUGCUUACCUUCAUAUUCUGAUUCAUCCAGAACAUUAUCAGUUCCUGAGAUUCUCUUUUCUAGACAAGCAUUACCAAUUUGUUGCUCUUCCAUUUGGCCUAGCAACAGCUCCAAGAAUCUUUUCAAAGGUUCUGGGUGCCCUACUCUCUGUAAUCAGAGAACAGGGUAUUGCAGUGUUUCCUUAUUUGGACGAUAUCUUGGUACUAGCUCAGUCUUUACGUUCUACAGAAUCUCACACAAAUCAACUUGUGUUGUUUCUUCGAAAAUAUGGUUGGAGGAUCAAUUUACCAAAAUGUUUUUUGAUUCCUCAGACAAGGGUCACCUUUUUAGGUUUCCAGAUAGAUUCAGUGUCCAUGACUCUGUCUCUAACAGACAAGAGACGUUUGAAAUUGGUUGCAGCAUGUCGGCACCUUCAGUCUCAGUCAUUCCCUUCAGUGGCUAUGUGCAUGGAAGUUUUAGGCCUCAUGACUGCAGCAUCGGACGUGAUUCCUUUUGCUUGUUUUCACAUGAGACCUCUCCAGCUUUGCAUGCUGAAUCAAUGGUGCCGGGAUUAUACAAAGAUAUCACAAUUAAUAUCCUUAAAUCCCAAUGUUCGACACUCUCUGAUGUGGUGGUUAAAUCACCAUCAUUUAGUUCAAGGGGCCUCUUUUGUUUGACCAACCUGGACUGUGAUCACAACAGAUGCGAGUCUUUCAGGUUGGGGAGUUGUCUGGGGAUCUCUGACAGCACAAGGGGUUUGGAAAUCUCAAGAGGCGAGAUUACCAAUCAAUAUUUCAGAGCUCUUCAGUUUUGGCCUCUGUUGAAGAGAGAACCGUUCAUUUGUUUUCAGACAGACAAUAUCACAACGGUGGCAUAUGUCAAUCAUCAAGGUGGGACUCACAGUACCCUAGCUAUGAAAGAAGUAUCUCGGAUACUUGUUUGGGCGGAAUCCAGCUCUUGUCUAAUUUCUGCGGUUCAUAUCCCAGGUGUAGACAAUUGGGAAGCGGAUUAUCUCAGCCAUCAGACUUUACAUCCAGGGGAGUGGUCUCUCCAUCCGAAUGUGUUUUCUCAGAUUGUUCAGAUGUGGGGUCUUCCAGAAAUAGAUCUGAUGGCUUCUCAUCUAAACAAGAAACUUCCCAGAUACCUGUCCAGGUCCAGGGAUUCUCAGGCGGAAGCAGUAGAAGCACUGACACUUCCUUGGUUUUAUCAACCUGCUUAUAUCUUCCCGCCUCUAGUUCUUCUUCCAAGAGUGAUCUCCAAGAUCAUCAUGGAACAAUCAUUUGUGUUGCUGGUGGCUCCAGCAUGGUCCCACAGAUUUUGGUAUGCGGAUCUUGUUCGGAUGUCCACUUGCCAACCUUGGCCACUUCCGUUAAGGCCGGACCUACUGUCUCAAGGUCCGUUUUUCCCUCAGGAUCUCAAAUCAUUAAAUUUGAAGGUAUGGAAAUUGAAUGCUUAGUACUAAGUCAUAGAGGUUUCGCUGACUCAGUAAUUAAUACUAUGUUACAAGCUCGUAAAUCUGUCUCUAGGAAGAUUUAUUAUUGAGUUUGGAAGACUUACAUUUCAUGGUGUUCUUCUCAUAAAUUCUCUUGGCAUUCUUUUAGAAUUCCUAGAAUUUUACAGUUUCUCCAGGAUGGUUUGGAUAGGGGUUUGUCUGCAAGUUCCUUGAAGGGACAAAUCUCUGCUCUUUCUGUUUUAUUUCACAGAAAGAUUGAUAAUCUUCCUGAUAUUCACUGUUUUGUACAGGCUUUAGUUCGUAUUAAGCCUGUCAUUAAAUCAAUUUCUCCUCCUCUGAGUCUUAAUUUGGUUUUGAAGGCGUUACAGGCUCCUCCUUUUGAGCCUAUGCAUUCUUUGGAUAUUAAACUACUUUCUUGGAAGGUGUUGUUCCUUUUGGCUAUCUCUUCUGCUAGAAGAGUUUUUGAGCUAUCUGCUCUUUCUUGUGAAUCUCCUUUUCUGAUUUUUCAGGAUAAGGCGGUUUUGCAGACUUCAUUUGAAUUUUUACCUAAGGUUGUGAAUUCUAACAACAUUAGUAGAGAAAUUGUUGUCCCUUCCUUGUGUCCUAAUCCUAAGAAUCCUUUGGAAAGAUCCUUACAUUCUUUGGAUGUGGUAAGAGCUUUGAAAUAUUAUGUUGAAGCUACUAAAGAUUUCAGGAAGACUUCUAGUCUAUUUGUUAUAUUUUCUGGUCCUAGGAAAUGUCAGAAGGCCUCUGCUAUUUACUUGGCCUCUUGGUUAAAGCUUUUGAUUCUUCAAGCUUAUUUGGAGUCGGGUCAAGCUCCGCCUCAGAGAAUUACAACUCAUUCUACUAGUUCAGUUUCCACUUUGUGUGCUUUUAAGAAUGAAGCUUCAGUUGAUCAGAUUUGCAAAGCAGCAACUUGGUCCUCUUUGCAUACAUUUACUAAAUUCUACCGGUUUGAUGUAUUUGCUUCUUUUGAAGCAGUUUUUGGUAGAAAAGUUCUUCAGGCAGCUGUUUCAGUUUGAUUCUUCUGCUGUUUUAAGUUUUUCUUUUCUUCAUGAGAAUAACUUAUAUUUUGGGUUGUGGAUUAAUUUUUCAGCAUAUGGCUGUUGUUUAUUUUUAUCCCUCCCUCUCUAGUGACUCUUGCGUGGAGUUCCACAUCUUGGGUAUUUGAUAUCCCAUACGUCACUAGCUCAUGGACUCUUGCCAAUUACAUGAAAGAAAACAUAAUUUCUGUAAGAACUUACCUGAUAAAUUAAUUUCUUUUAUAUUGGCAAGAGUCCAUGAGGCCCAACCUUUUUAUGGUGGUUAUGAUUUUUUUUUGUAUAAAGCACAAUUAUUCCAAAUUCCUUUGUUGAUGCUUUUUACUCCUUUCUUUAUCACCCCACUACUUGGCUAUUCGUUAAACUGAAUUGUGGGUGUGGUGAGGGGUGUAUUUAUAGGCAUUUUGAGGUUUGGGAAACUUUGCCCCUCCUGGUAGGAUUGUAUAUCCCAUACGUCACUAGCUCAUGGACUCUUGCCAAUAUGAAAGAAAUUAAUUUAUCAGGUAAGUUCUUACAUAAAUUAUGUUAUUUAUUAAGUGUAUAUAUGUAUGUAAUACUUUAUUUUAAUGUGUUUUGUGCAACUUUUUUUUUUUAACCCAGUUUACUUCAGGUCUGAAGUUACGCUAAAUAUUGUAGCACAGUUUCCACUUUCCCUCAAGCACAAACUAUAACUUUCAACUUGUAAUACCAGUGCAAAUUAGCGUAGUCGCGAUAUCCAUUGAAAGUAUAGGCUGCACUCGAACGCAUUAGCACAACACUUGUAAUCUAGCCCAAUGUGUUUUAUGCCUGCAAAUUAGUUAAACACAUAACUAAAGUCACUCAGGAGCCACAGGCAUCGGCGGUCUUGUGCGAUUUCCGAUGCUGAUUGUCUCACCUGCUCUUGUCCAUCAGUUGUCUCUGGCUCUCAAGUGCAACUUUAUGUAUGAGUUUAACCCCUUUGUAGAGGUUAGACACUUACAGAUCCAGUGUGAGUUGUGCAAAAAUAUACUCUAAGAAUUAGAGCGUUUAAUUUUUGAAUGUACACAAUCCACAACCAUGUAUUAAUGUAUAAAUAUUUAAACUAACAAUGUUUUGUCAAUGUUUGGGUUUUCAAAUAUCUCGUUUUGUUCUCCUUUUCUGUGAAAGCUUAUCAUAUUACAUAGGUUGCCAAAAUGCUUCUUUUAUCAUAAUGUUCUGUCAUUUCUUUAAACAUCUGUAUUAGCAGGUGUUAUACUGUUAAACCUAGCGCCACUGGUAUUCAAAAGCACCAAACUAUUAUUUUUUUAUUAUUAUUGUUAAGGUUUUAUUGUUCGUUUGCUGUUCUGAAUUUGUGUCUUUUUUUUUUUCUAAACAAGAUUCUAUGGUUUAUCCAUUUCUGCUCCUACUUCCUUCAAACAUUAAACUGUAGGACAUUUUGUACUGAACAGUCAAAUGAAGACAAUACAUGGACUUGCUAUUUAAAUCCCUUCUUAAAGGGACAUAAAGCCACAUUUUAAAUACACUGCAACAUAUUUCAUAUUUGAUUAGAAGCAUUUUGUUAAUAUACUUGUAGUUGCAAAAAUAAUUCAUUUAAAAGUUAUCUGCUUCAUUUAUAAGUACAUUUUUAAUGUUAAGAGACGUUACUCUUUGUAUAAGGACCAUACUGAAUUAUAGUUAGCACCAGUACACUGCACAUAUGGAUGGCAUACAUUUAGUUAAAAGCUAGCAUUAUUGAAGCAGUGAGACGCUUUAAAUGAAGCAUUUGUGCAAGUAUAUUACAAAAAUACUUAUAAUCAAAUUUAAAAAGUACUACAGUAUAUUGAAAAUUCACCUUUUAUGUCCUUUUAAAAUAGCUGCUUAAUUGCCAAUGUAAUGGUACAUAAAUACAAGAGCACUUUUUUCUUCUAUGUUUAAAAUAUAAUUUUAAAUUUAUAUGGUUUAUGUUAUUAUGCAAUAUUGUGCAUUUAUGUAAAAUUAUGGUGAUCUCUUUUAAUUUUCUUUCUUUAAGAACACAUAAGAACAUGUUAAACAGUGAAGUUUUGUGAUUUGUAUUCCUGGACCAGUUCUUUCCUGACAAUAAAAUGUUAUCGACAGAAA